ACUGGUCAUCUGUAAUUUUAGAUGGUUCUGGAGUUGUGUCGCACUGAGCAGACAGCAGACCAAGACAUUCAGCAACACCUGGACAGGAUCCGAAGCCUCAUAUCCACUGGGGAAGCAGAGUCAAGUGAUGCAGAGGUGGAAUUAUCUGAAUCAAACUUUGUGGAGCUGGUUGAAUCUCUGUUGAAAGACCCAAGUGAAAGGGAGAACUUCUACCAGGAUGUGUUCCCUGUGGAAUUUGGGCCCAAGUAUGACACUGCAAUACAGAUGCUGAUGUUAGAAUUCCUUUCCAGACUUGAGAAGUUACUUCCCAUACCAGACCUUGAACAGACUGCCUCCUUGUUAAAUGCUGUCCCCUCUGCCCUGGAGAAAUGUGUACAGUUUGUACCUGACCCCAUACAAUUGAGGACCCUGCUCCAAUACCACAGAAAACAUGGGCGUUUGGACUCCAUCGAAACUCCAUCAUCCUUUGGUGACUACAUCCUUUCCUCUCUGUCUCUCCCUCCACAUGUACGUGUGGUGACUGCCACAGAAGUAGAUUCACAAUCAGAAUAUUUGGCUAGAGUGGAAGGAAAAGGGUUGGUGGAGGGUACAAUGGAGAAAAAUGGAGGACUACUUGCACCAAAUGAGGAUCAAAGAGACGCAUUUACUGAGAAGGAGCAUGCUAUGAAUAGGAAGCAUGUAAGUGGGGAAACGGACAAUCAAGCUGUCACCGGAAUUCAUGUUCAAACCUCAAAACAAAGCAAAAGGCUGCAGAUUAAGAAAAUACGGUCAAAAGUACAAAAGACAUGUAAAACGGAUUCUUCCGGGAAUGCAAUCCAACAGCCAUCCUCCUCCAAGGUGCACACCUCUCUGAGGAAGUCAUGCAAAAGAGGCCAGUUCAGUAAGACAUGCCCAGACUGUGAGAGGACUUUUGCUCGAGCCACGUCCUUUAGAAGGCACCAGCGAAGCCACACUCAAGAUCAUGAUCAUAGGUUUAAGUGCCUCAAAUGUGCAAUAGGCUUCAAGGAUCUUUAUGAUCUGAAGAAACACCAGCAGGGAGUUUGUGAAAAGAACCUCUCAACUUUGGUUGAUGGGGAAAAUAAAGAAGAGAUCCCACAACCCUCAACUAGCAAAURUCCGAACACAUCACCCCUUAAGACGCUCUCUCCAUCAGGGCUAACACAGAAAAGACCUCUGGACACCAAAACAUGCUCUUUGUGUAGGAGGUUUUUCACUCGUACUUCAGACAUGGCAAGGCACAUGAGAUCCCACUCAAAAGAGCAUCCAUUUUGGUGUGUAAAUUGUGAUAAGAGAUUCAAGUAUUCAUAUGAUUUGAAGAGGCACCAGAGAGAUUUGUGUAAGAAAGUGAACCAGGAAGAUUUAGGUCAGGUUGGUCAAAAUUUGUCACAACAGAAGGGGAAACCGCAGCCAGAGAAAGAUGAAUCCCAAUCAAUGGGUAGCACUGGGUCUCUUGGCACUGAUGAAAACCCGCAACCAUCUCACAAAGGUCUGUCCGACUCAAAAACCUGUUGUGUCUGUGGUAGGAUUUUGACUCGUACCUCAGACAUGGAAAGGCACUUGAAAUCUCACUCAAAGGAGCGUCCCUUUCAUUGUGCUAUUUGUGAAAGAAGUUUUAAGUACAAAGACACCUUGAAGAAACAUCAGGAAAUCCUUGGACACGAGGGCAUCCUAGAAGACUUGGGUCAGAAUGUGGACCAUCAACAAGCYGAAGUUAAAAACGAAGGUUGCAGCAGCCCUCUCACUACCAAGGAAAUCGACACUGAGCCCCUUAUCACGGCUGCUACUUCAGUGCCGACUCUCAAAGAACCCAAACCAUGCACUGUGUGUGGGAAGAUUUUUAAUCGUGCUUCAGGAAUGGCUAUUCAUAUGAGAUCCCAUUCAGAUGAGCGUCCUUAUCAAUGUGGCAACUGUGAGCAGCACUUCAAGUACAUGCAUGGUUUAAAGAAACACCAGAGGGAUAUCUGUCUGAAGGUGAACCAAGAGGAAGCAUCAAAGUUGGUGGACCAGCAACAAGAGGAUGCUACUCCAGAGGAGGCUGGUGAACUGCUAGCCACUGAUGACACAAGGGCAGAAUGCAAGGAGGAAGAAAGAAAGGUGGUAUUCAAAUGUGAUGAAUGCGACAAAGAAUUCAAAGGCUCAUCCUCCCUAAGAACACACAAACGAAUUCACAACCCAUUCUAUUGCUCUGAUUGUGGAAGGAUAUACCCGAACUCCAUUGCCUUUGACAGACACAAGCUGAUGCACAAGGAAAUCCAAUGUACCAUGUGUGAGAAGACCUUUACCCUGUUAGGGCGUCUGAGAGAACACUAUCUGCAUCAACAUAAAUUCGCAGGACCAUACGCCUGCUCUCAAUGUGAGAAAACCUUCACUCAGUUAUCGUACCUUGUCAUCCAUGAGAGGGUUCAUUCAGGAGAGUACCUGUACCAGUGCUCUGUUUGUCCAGAAAAAUUCAGAACAGCCAAUUCUCUAACAAUACACAGUAGGAAGCACACAGGAGAAAAGCCGUUCCUGUGCUGGCAGUGUGGAAAGAGCUACCGGGCCGCUUCUGAACUGUCYGUGCAUAUGGGGACUCACUCAGAGGAGAYACCKUUUUCUUGUUCGCAGUGUGACAUGACUUAUCGGACAAAGAUUCAGCUGAAUACACAUAUUGAGCAAGUUCAUGAGGGGGUGAGAUUUACCUGUACAGUCUGUGGAAAGCAGUUUUACAAAGCAGUGUCAUUGAAAAGACAUGAACUUACUCACACAGGAGAAAGACCAUUUCCAUGCUCCUAUUGCGAAAAAACUUUCAUCACUUUUCAUCACAAAUGUAAGAGCAUCGUGGUGGGCUUCUACUACAUUGAGGCAUUAACUUUGGAGUUCCUUAGCGGAGUUACUCCAUCACAUGAGGUASUGAGUAAUUUAUCCCUCACCGGGUUCCUAUUCCUCCAACCGGGUCACGACAAGCUCUCCCAGCGCGUCGGACCCCUGCUCCGUGGCCUUGCUGGCUUGGCUGAGCUUAUGGCUUCCCUUUGUGACAGGUGUGAUGGUGGCAUCCCCCCUGGAGAUCGGCACACCUCGUGUAUGCACUGCCUGGGUUUGAGCCACAUGGAGAUGGUGGUGGAGYGCCCUACUGGAUGCCUGUUCUGUGUGGUGUUCUCAGAACGCCWGCGCCUGGCGCGAUUGGAGGCCAUGCGCGAUACCCCUCCCAGGAAGUGUAGCUGGAGCCACCGCAGGCAGAGCCCAUCUUCUGCCAGUCCUGGACGGGGGCAGGAGUUGGACCGCUGGGACCACCUUGAACGGAUGGCACAUGCCCUGCAUCAGGAGGUCAAUAGCUUCGAUGACGACCACAGCUGUUCCCCGUUCGCCAGUGAUGGGCUGUUCCUGGGGGACAAUGCUGGAACUGUUCACCAUCGUGAGCGGGGCUACCAGGCUGACAGGCCAUCAGAAGCCGGCCGGUGGGGCUUCAUUGCCCCCAGCGGCUCGAGAUGCUAG